AGGCCAACGACGUCACGGAAAAGCCCUGUCUCUGAUCAGAUGGUCUUAAUAUAAACCGGGUCUGCUGAGAAGGAAUUAGAGAGGCAGCCACUUAACAGGAGAGGAAUUAUUCCAGCAGACCAGUUCAAUAUAUCACACUCCACUGACCAAAGGAGCUGACUGUGUUUGGAAGAAACUGUGCAAAGUAAAAACCAUGACUCUGAAUAACGUCACCAUGCGUCACAGCAGCAGUGUGCUGCAUGCGCAACAGCAACGCUGGAGCAUCCCUGCCGAUGGACGACACCUGACUGUCCACAAGGACCCCCAUGAGUACUACAUGCGCAAGAGAUACACUAUGAACCCCGAAGAUUAUUACCGAAGGAGUUGGUCAUCAGAGUCUUCUGAUUCGGUCAUUUCCUCUGAGUCCGGGAGUCCCUACUACAGGGUGGUAUUGAUUGGGGAGCAUGGAGUGGGAAAAUCUACCUUGGCCAAUAUCUUUGCAGGCGUACAUGACAGUAUGGACAGUGACUGCGAUGUGCUAGGAGAAGACACAUAUGAACGAACCUUGAUGGUAGAUGGUGAAAGCACAACCAUUAUCCUGCUUGACAUGUGGGAAAAUAAGAGUGAAAAUGAAUGGAUUCAGGAUCACUGCAUGCAAAUAGGAGAUGCAUAUUUGAUUGUCUACUCCAUCACAGACCGAGUGAGCUUUGAGAAAGCCUCUGAACUCAGAAUUCAGCUCCGUAAGGCACGCCAAACAGAAGAUAUUCCCAUUAUUUUAGUGGGCAACAAAAGCGAUCUUGUCAGGUGCCGUGAAGUCUCUGUGGCAGAGGGCCGAGCUUGUGCUGUUGUGUUCGACUGUAAAUUCAUUGAGACCUCUGCAGCUGUCCAACACAACGUGAAGGAACUGUUUGAAGGAAUUGUGCGGCAAGUCCGGCUAAGGAGGGACAGCAAGGAAAAGAACCAGAGGAGGCUGGCAUAUCAGAAGAGGAGAGAGAGUAUUCCUAAGAAAGCCAGGAGGUUCUGGGGCAAAAUAGUUGCCAAGAACAAUAAGAAUAUGGCCUUCAAACUUAAGUCCAAGUCAUGCCACGACCUAUCAGUACUUUAAGAAGGCUGGACUGAGACAGAUUCUCUUCUGUGGACAUUAUUUAACUACAUUGUGGAAAUAAUCAAUCUAUAUUAGAUUGGACUUCAAGGAAAACAUUUUUACUUGGAUUCACAGUUGUGAUUGUGACAAAAUGUGCUGGCAAUUAGCACAGCACAAUGCAUGGAAAACAAGUCUGUCUUAAUUUUUUCAGUAGUUUUUAAAAAAGCUUUCUCUUACACACCAGAGCAUCCUAAAGUUAAGCAGGGUGUGUUUUAAAAUGUAUUUCUUGUUUCUCUUGUUGCCUUUGGAUAUCACUCAAUCUGGGAAACGAAUCACACCCUCUCAUUUCUCUAAUUAUUAUUAUUUUUGGAAAAAUGUGUAAUGAAAUGAUCAAUUCACUGGGAACUGAUUCUUUGCCAAUUAGAUGGUCUGAUUUUCUUAUUCACCCAAAAUCUGCAUUUCUGGAGAAUGACCACUGAGACACUGUCUUGUUUCCAGGAGUAGCACCUCUGAACAUACACAUCUUUUUCUUUUGAAAAUUUAAUAUUAAAUGGAAAAACUCAUAGCCAAACCAUUUUCCCCUCUGAUUUUCAUAUGCUAAGCCUGUCAACAACAGAUUAAAAUGUAAAAUGCAUCAAAUGAGAGAUGCCAAACUGUAAAACCACCUGUUCUUUUCUAAGAAACCACAUGGAUUUUUUUUUAUACCCAGACUUACAUAUGCUGGAGUUGUGCUGUAUUUAUUUCAUUGCAAAGCAAUUAGCAUUUUUAGUAUUGGGGAUGAAAAUGUAUUUAUUUCUUAUGAAAAACACGUUAAUACUAUUUUAAUAGCUUUUAUAGAAUAUGCAAGUUUUUACUUACAUGCCUUGUAAUAAAAUAAACAAAAUAUUUGGACUGCCUUUGAGU